AUGGUGACACCGAUCCUUGUUGAGCGCAAGAGUUUCAGAAUCGAGGCGCUCUUCCAGAACCUCAAGAACAAGUCAAAUCCCCAACUCCGCAAGCGCGUCCUCAUGGGCGAAAUCACUGCCAAGAAGUUUGUCGUCAUGACACACGAUGAGAUGAAGUCGGACGCCCGGCGAGCCGAGGACGAGAAGCUGGAAAAGGAAAACAUGAACCAGGCCAUGGUGGCACAGGUCGAAAAGGCCAUUUCCAAGGAGUUCCAGUGCGGCAAGUGCAAGCAGAAGAAGGUCAGCUACAGCCAGGCACAGACGCGGUCUGCCGACGAACCGAUGACGACCUUUUGCGAGUGCAUGAACUGCGGAAACCGGUGGAAGUUCUCGUGA